AAACACAAUUUUUCCUAUUAUAGCACUGUGUGUACACACUGUUCUAGUUUCGCUGUAUUAUUUCAGCGAAAAAUUCAUCAUCUUAAUAUCGGGCGUAUAUUUUUGUUGUUAUUUUUUAUUCAAUAAAAACUCAAAACAAAGUAACGAACGUCAGAUGCAGCAAUUCAGACGCUAAACAACAAAUUUAGUGCCACGGAUCACAUUUACUAGCGGAGUGCACAAAAAUAACUCGAGUAAAAGCUGCACGGCUGCCCCCACUGACUGAUUGACCCAAGGAACAGGCAACAACAGCAACAGCAACCGAGAGGCCAAGAGGUCGCCAGGAGCGCUAUGGCAUUGGACAGCGUCACGCAAACGAUGACGGGCAGCAAUGCGCUGACAUCAUCCUUUACGACGAAGAAGAAGGAAGCCGCCGCCGCCGACAAGGAAAACCUCUGGUCAGCGAUAUUGAAUGAAGUACAAACACAAGGCAGCACAAAACUACCAUCAAAUAAAUCUGUACUAGUAUUAGGCGAUAAUGCCACUGGUAAGACGACGCUCAUUGCGAAGCUGCAGGGCGUCGAGGAUCCGAAGAAGGGUUCCGGCCUGGAGUAUGCCUACAUUGAUGUCAAGGAUGAGUACAGAGACGAUAUGACGCGCCUCAGCGUUUGGGUACUGGAUGGCGAUCCAGGACACACAAAUCUGCUGCAUUAUGCGCUCAACGAAACGAACUAUGCACACACCCUCGUCAUAUUAACAGUCUCGAUGACACAGCCGUGGGGCUGGCUCGAGCAGCUCAAUCAGUGGAUCAAGGUGCUCGCCCAGCACAUUGAGAGCCUGCAAUUAGAUCCCAAAGAGAAGGAGGCGGCACGCCAGCGCUUAGCAACGACGUGGCAGAGCUACUGUGAGGUGGGCGAUGAUCUCGAUCCCGGCUCACCAGUUAAACGCACCAUGCACAACAAUUCGAUCGAUGAGGAUGAUCUGUUGCCGCUGACAGAGGACGCACUAAUUACAAAUCUGGGCCUGGACAUUGUUGUUGUGGUCACAAAGACGGACUACAUGUCAACACUGGAGAAGGAGUACGAGUACCGUGACGAGCAUUUCGAUUUCAUACAGCAGUGGAUACGAAACUUUUGUCUGCGGCACGGCGCUUCGCUCUUUUACACGAGCGUGAAAGAGGACAAAAACUGUGAUCUCCUUUAUAAAUAUCUAACGCAUCGAAUUUAUGGUCUACCAUUCCGUACGCCAGCGCUAGUCGUUGAAAAGGAUGCGGUGCUCAUUCCGGCGGGUUGGGAUAGCCUGAAGAAAAUAAGUAUUCUGUAUGAGAACAUGCAUGCGGUCAAGGCCGAGAAUCAUUACACAGAUAUCAUCAAGGCGCCGCCCACACGAAAGGCCGUUUCCAAUCGCGAAACGGAGGUGCAGACCGAGGACGAACAGGCGUUCCUGGCACGCCAGCAGGAGAUACUCAAGCAAGGCGGACAGGUGCGUGGCGAGUCGCCGUUGCGAUCACAGGGCGCCAAUGCUAGCGCCAACAAAAGUGGACCACGCACACCCGGCAGCGCCGGUCAAAGUUCGCCCAAAAAGAUUGAUCCCAAGCUAACGCCUGCCACGCCCGGCGGCGAAGGUGUGCUGGCCAACUUCUUCAAUUCGCUGCUGCAUAAAAAGUCGGGCGGGCCAGCCGGUGGACCGGCUGGCGCAGCCAGUCCUGGCGGCGGCGUGGGCACGCCACGUACCUCCAAUGGCACCGAUUCUCUCUUGACGGCCGAGAAGAUAUCUGUGCGAUCCGAUGCGGCCGCUGAGCUGGAUCGCUUGGCGCGCAGCGUCAAAAAGGAUAUUGAUCUAUCCCAAAGUGAGUGUUGAAGGCGUAGUUAACGUGCAGGCAGCAUCAGUAGAAGCUACAGCAGCAGCAACUAUAAAAAAAAAAAAAACAACAACAACAACACCAUCAACAACUUUAAAAGAACAACAACCAUCAACAGCAGCAGCAACAACAACAUCUGCACCAACAACAACAACAACAACAACAGCGCAGCAACAGAGUAGUAUCAGUAACACAUACACAACUACAUAUAUAAAUCGAUAGAGGGAACUCAUGUGCACCGACUCGAACAUACGAAUUAGAGGACUUUCAUCAUGCUCUGCAGAUCAGAACUCUCUUCUCUUCCAUGGCAACUAAGAUAGCUAAACAGCUGGACAAAACUUGGCAGCACAUACAAUGGGCUAAACGUUGUUAGCCAGCUGUUUGGGCCAUGAGAAACUAGAAAUAGAAAAACAAUGUUUCGCUUGAAUUCCACAGACAUCAAAUGUUAAAAUAUGAUUUGUUAUUAAGUUGCGUUUGGCAUUGUGAAUGUGUAUCGUUCGCUGAGUGUUGGUAUUUUUUACGAGAGCUGGGUAAUAUGUAGAAUACGCAUUACAUACGAAAUAUUAUAAAAACAAAACAAAACAAAACA